AUGCUUCCGCUGCAGUCCUUCUUCCUGCCCACCAGCCGCCGCCGGCCUGCAGCAGCAGACGCCGCCGCCCUGCAGCAGCAGCCGGCCGCCGGGCCUGCAGCAACAGACGCCGCCGCCCUACAGCAGCAGCCGCCGCCGGGCCUGCAGCAACAGACGCCGCCGCCCUGCAGCAGCAGCCGCCGCCAGGCCUGCAGCAGCAGCCGCCGCCAGCGCCUGCAGCAGCAGCCGCCGCCAGAGCCUGCAGCAGCAGCCGCCGCCAGAGCCUGCAGCAGCAGCCGCCGCCAGAGUCUGCAGCAGCAGCCGCCGCCAGAGCCUGCAGCAGCUGCCGCCCACCGAUCCAACAGCAGCAGCCGCCGCCGCUCUGCCGCAGCAGCCACCGCCGCCCAGCAGCAGCAGCCGCCGCCAGAGCCUGCAGCAGCAGCCGCCGCCAGAGCCUGCAGCAGCAGCCGCCGCCAGAGUCUGCAGCAGCAGCCGCCGCCAGAGCCUGCAGCAGCUGCCGCCACCGAUCCAACAGCAGCAGCCGCCGCCGCUCUGCCGCAGCAGCCACCGCUGCCCAGCAGCAGCAGCCGCCGCCAGAGCCUGCAGCAGCAGCCGCCGCCAGCGCCUGCAGCAGCUGCCGCCCCUGGACCCGCUGUCGCUGAGGGGGGUGGUUGUGUGGGAGACUGGGUUUAG